CCUUUUCCUUGACCGGAGUUGGAAGCCACACGGGCGAGUAAGUGCCUUCUCCUCAGAGUUCGAAAUGGCGAAGCCCUCGCCUUCAAUUCCUUUCUUACAGCAGACACAGACGCUCUCUUCUUCUUCUUCUUCUUCUUUUUCAGAAACAAUCGUCAAAGACUUGCCGCCGGAGAUUACCGCUGCCGUUGCAGGUUUCUUCGAGAGUGUGGGGGUCUCCGAUCCAGAUAUCGACAACUACAAUUCUAUAGACCUUUAUUCCAAUCUCCUUUGCGGCCACCUCAAGGCGCAGAAAAUCGAACGCGGCCGCCUCACCUGCCUCGUCUCCGUCAAACCGGCACUCGGAAAUUAUUUUGGUGGAACCCAUGGCGGGGCUGUGGGAGCUAUAGCAGAGAGAGUUUCCAUAGCUACUGCUAGAACUGUGGUGGCGCAGGAUAAGGAGCUUUUUCUUGGUGAAUUGAGUAUUUCUUAUCUCUCUGCUGCCCCUGUAAACUCGGAGCUGCUGGUUGAUGGAUCUGUUGUGAGAAGUGGAAGGAAUUUGACAGUAGUUUCAAUGGAUUUCAAAAUGAAGGAGACCAAGAAACUAGUUUACACUGCUCGCGCUACCUUCUAUAACUCGCCAAUUGCCAAGUUAUAAAGCUUGAAGAUCAAUACCUAAACUGGUGAAUCAACGUGUCAUUCAACAUUUCUGUAAAAGUUUAAUAAAAAUGUUUUAUUGUGUUGAAAGACACUGUUUUGUUAUUGUUGCUGUAAUAAUAGAUUCUAAUUUAUUGAGUUAGGGGCACUUGUUUGAUUCUGAUGACAUAUCCAGCAUGCAAUCGUGUUUAUUACUGCCGUUUUCUGGCCAACAGAAUGUUUCAGCAUGAUUCUACCAAGGGACUAGGCUAUGUGCUAAUACAGAUAAUCAGGGUAA